AAAGCACUUUCAUUCAGGGUUGACCACUGUUCAUAGUCCUUCACUCACCUGUACUCCCUCAUCAUUUCUUCGCCCUCUCCAAUCAAAACCCGCCACGACAUGAACCCCACCUAAUUAUGAUUAAUGAACAUUCAUUAAAACAUAAUUCUAGUCCAUAAAAAACGCUUUUUGCGUCGCCAUUAGUUAGUAUUUGAAGUCGUACGACGUUUAUGUAGCCUUCCCAACCAUUUUCUCUCUCUAGGUAAGUGUUCAAGUAUCAACUUCCUCCGUAUAGUCUCAUCAGAAAGCCCAACACGAUGUAUGCUUCGGGACUGUUUUUCUUAAUCUUUGUUCCUAGCUUCGUUUUGUCUCAGAAGACAACAGCCGUCCAUCACUGCCCUUCAUCGUGUGGCGGGAGCGGCCUCUCGGUACAGUUCCCGUUCCGGCUCAACCAGAGCCGCUGCGGCUACCCUAGGUUCGACCUCUCUUGCAAUAGCCAGCGCCAGACCAUCCUCACCCUCCCACUCUCCGGCAGCUUCGUCGUCCAGAACAUUGACUACGCUGCUCAGGCCAUCUAUCUCAACGAUGGCGGCAACUGCCUCCCGAGCCGGCUCCUGAACUUCAAGCUCGACGGCUCGCCGUUCAGGGCUCCGUCGCGCAAGAACUUCACGCUCGUGAACUGCUCCAGCGACGCGGUGCUGGCGGCGAGGGCGGCGAUGCCUACGCUGCUGGAGAUCCAGUGCAUGAGCGGCGGGGACUACACGGUGAUGUCGGUGCAGAGCCAGUUCUAUGGCGGGCACGGGUCGCACGCGUGCGACGAGAUCGGGACCGUCAGCGUGCCGCUGAUGUGGCAGUUCACGUCGGAUCUGCACGAGGACGUGAGGCUCGCAUGGCGAGAGCCGGACUGCAAGUCGUGCUUGGCGCGUGGCGGGACGUGCGGCUUGAGGAACGGCUCUGGUUUGGAGAUCGCCUGCACAAAUGUUCCGAGCACCGGUCUUCCAAGGAGUGCCAAGUACGGCAUAAUCAUAGGCCUCGGCAUCCCGGCCCUCCUGUGCCUCAUCGGGCUCGGCGGCUACGUAUGCGGCCUGAUAAGCACUUACAUACGGCGGCGACACCGACGAGAAGAAACCAACACAGACUUCCCCACCGUGAUUGUUGUCCCCCGGUCCUUUGCCAUGAUGGGACUCGACGGGCCGACCAUUGAGUCCUACCCAAAGACGCUGCUCAGUGCGAGCCGUCGCUUGCCUAAGCCCAGCGACAACACUUGCCCGAUAUGCUUGUGCGAGUACCAGCCCGAGGAGGUGUUACGGACCAUACCCGAGUGCGAUCACUAUUUCCAUGCGGAUUGCAUCGACGAGUGGCUUAAGAUGAAUGCCACGUGCCCAUUGUGCCGGAAUACGCCAGAUGAGUCCACUUUGGUCACACCUUCGGUUGCGUCGCGAUCGUCAUCGUUGCCUUCGACAUCAACUUAGGAUGGCAUGGAGCUUGCCGUCUGUAUAUAUUCAGAUCACUAUGGCUUAAGAAUUCUCAUGUUCUUUAGAU